CUUACACCAACAAUAGAGUGUUAUUAGACCAUAAAUACUGAGGUGGAGGGAGGAUUGUAUGAGAGAGUCAGACUGAGACAACGAGAGAAUGGCAGGAAAAGUUUGCAACGUUCUGAUCACCGGGGCCAACCGUGGCCUGGGGCUGGAGAUGGUCAAACAGCUGGCGGAGAUGCCGUGUCCUGGCCGGAGGAUCUUUGCCUGCUGCCGUGAUCCUAACGCCCCCAAGGCUCAGAGUCUGCAGGAGCUGGCCAAGAAGCACCCUGGAGUCAUUCAUGUUAUUCGCCUAGAUGUUGCUGACCUGUCCAGCAUUCAGGAGUCUGCCAAGCAGGUUGGCUCAGUCCUGGGGAAGGAUGGACUCAACCUGCUGGUGAACAACGCUGCCAUGGCUCCGUAUGACAACACGCAAACCGCUAAACUCAAAGACCUGCAGGACACCUUCCAAACCAACGUCAUUGGAACCAUGAUGGUUACUAAGGAGUUCCUGCCAUAUCUGCGCGAAGCGGCGAAGAGCAGUGGGAAACCAGGGAUGUCCUGUUGCAAGGCAGCUGUGAUAAAUAUCUCCACAAUACUGUCCAGCAUCACGAAAGCCCCUGAAAAUAUUUCCCUCUUCCCAACUCUGGCACUUACAUAUCGUAUAAGCAAGGCAGGUUUAAACAUGCUGACAGUGUGCCAAGCACAGGAAUUCAAGGCAGACGGGGUCCUGUUUACACUCCUACACCCAGGAUGGGUGCGAACUGACAUGGGGGGGGCAGACGGGGAGAUAGACGCCCGUGAGAGUGUCAGUGGUAUGCUGCGCGUCAUGGAUUCCCUGACUGAGAAGCAUAACGGAGGUUUUCUGGACUACAAAGGACAACCUCUGCCCUGGUGAAAAUGAAGGAGGAGUACCAUUCUACAUGCCAGCAUUUCAUGUCACAUAUGCUGUAUUAAGGGUCACCAUCUAGCCCACUUUUGCUGAUUCUAUACUACACAGGGUGUGGUCAGUAUGAUACAGUUUUAAGUUUGCUUGCCUGUUGUUAUCACAAUAAAGUUGAACGCGCAAGA